CAUAACAAAUGUUGAAUCAAGGUAGAGCUCUUUGGUACGCUCUUAAAGUUGAAGAUUAUGAUUUGGUUGAGUUUCUGAUCAAUCAAAAGACUGAUGUCAGAUAAACCUAUGAAUUUGAGCCAAAACGAUAUUUGUCUACUGCUAGUGUAAGAAUGCUGAAUUGUAAUUCUAUAGUUGUUAACUCUCCGUGUCUGUUAAGCUCGUUCAAAGGGGUUGAAUAGUCAUCAUUACAAAAGGAUGUAUUAGAUGCUUGAUGCUUUUCUGUAAUAUGCAGAGGAAUGCGAUAUUCGAUGCCAUUGUUCAAAGAACUAUGAACAUAGAUGCCCGCUCUAUAUAGCACUGAAAACAUUGGGAGUGAAAAAGGAAGAUGACAUGUUUAAUAAGAAAAAUGACAUUCUGAAAGCCCUACUUGUCAAAGGAGCCAAUUUAAAAGUUUUCGAGGGGUAGACUUCGAUAAUUGAUGUGGAAGGAUACAGACAAUAUCUGAUAUAAAGAAUUCAAUUCUAAAAAACAAAUGGAUUCAAGUAAACAUAAGAUGGAUAUGCUACUUUUAGUCAAUGACAU